GGGCAGGUUUUAUGAAGUGAAGUCUGUGACAUUACCCUCUGACAAUGACAAGAAGUUCAUCCUGAGAACUGUGCCGUCUACUGUAGGGCUGCAGGAAUUCAACAUCCUGAAGUCACUGAGGCACGAGCGGCUGGUGCGUCUGUUUGCGGGCUACACCAGUGCUGACUUUGUACACUUGGUUCUGGAAUAUACUGAGGGUGACCACAUUGCACGACACUUGUCUGAAAGACGCAAGUACUCUGAGAACACUGUGGCUUCUGUAAUUCGACAGGUUCUGUAUGCCCUGGAGUAUCUUCAGAGAAACAACCUGGUCCAUUUGAACCUGCAGCCAGCCUCCAUCGUGGUGUCCAAGCUGGAGGGAUGUGAGGUCAAACUUACUGAUUUCUCAUUGGCCAUCAGGGUAUCCACACCAGAAGGAGAUGUUGCUCCCAGACGGGGACAUGCUGAUUUCAUUCCUCCAGAAGUUGUAGUCAAAGAUGUGGCUGGCUUCCCUGCAGAUAUCUGGGGAGUGGGCACACUGGCAUUUUUACUUCUGAGUGGUGUUUCGCCCUUCCACGGAGACAGCUACAAGUCCACCCUCGUCAACAUUGCACUAAACCGAUACGAGGCGAUAGAUCUCUAUGAGAAUAUCACCACAGAAGCUCUGAAAUUUUUGUUCAAAGUCCUCAAGAGAUUACCAAGAAACCGGCCCAGCCUGCAAGACUGUCUGGACCACAAGUGGCUGUAUCUGACAGAGCAGGCAAUCAAGGAGAGAGAGGACACAGUCUUCCUGUCCAACAAUCUGGCCUCUUUUGUUCAGAACUAUGACAGGGUCCGACAGAGUGAACAUUACCUUCUGUCUUUUGAAGAUGAACAACUGCCU